AUGGGAUAUAAGAUAUAUUCUAACUCUGACUUAGUUCAAACAGUAACAUGGGCAAACUAUGAAUGGUUCGCUUUGAGAAACUCAGUACAACCACAAGCUAGAGAACAAACAGACCAGUAUGCAACUAUUGAGAAAAUAAGAAGACUUGACCCUAACGUUCCAGGAGUUUAUGUUGACCUUUCUGGACAAACUGCAGCAGCAGUAACCAAAGUAAAAUUGAAACUUAGAGUUCCUUUGUCAUCUUUCCUCAUCUUCAGGUUUUUAAGAUACUUGCCAAACUGGGCAGGAAAAAUUUCUAUCGAACUUACUCCAAGCAAAAAUAACUUAGUCAUUGCACCAACACAAGACCCAUUCACUCUUACUGUAGCUGGAACUGGUGGAGCCAAGUUCUGUGACUUUUGCAAAGACAAAGUUGACUUAGACUUUGGUUUCUCAAACCUCAACACUGAAGUAAACUACUACUUCAAUGCUGCUGGAACUGCUUGGGACCCAGUUAAGUUCACAUGCGAAAAGUUUGAAUGCAAGAGAAUAGAAAGCAGACUUGCAGUCUAUAUGUUGGACCCAGAUAUUUCAAAUGCUUUAGCUGCCAAAUAUAUUGCAGUUCCACUUAUGUUCCCUAUACACCAAAUAUCUGUCAAAGACUUUGCAGGUGAAGUUGGAAACCAAAGUGCUGAACCAGGUGCAAGAACAGAUAUUGCCUUAACAACUGCAAUGAAACAUGCAGAUACUAUGUUUGUACUGUUCAGACGAACUAUAAAUGACUAUUCUUGUUUCUACAACCCUGGUAUUAAAUAUCAUAUAAACAUAGAUGGCAAAUAUUAUCCAAGAGAAGAAUA